UUUACCCGGAGAAAAAGCUGUCCUCCUACUCUCUUCCACCCCUCCCCUCUUCUUUCCUUCUCCUUGUGUUUCAGAAGACAGAGGCAGAUGAUGGAUGCUGCAACUUCUUAUGAUGAACCGGGUUACAGUCCUGCUUUGGGGAAGGAAUGCUAAGAAUUCAGCAAAUUAGGACCAUUAUCACUGCCACUACGACUGGACAUUGUCUUCAAAAGUUUCCCAGGUGUCCAGAUCAGAUUCAGUUUCAGUUACUGGAUUUUUAAUAAAUUAAUACCUUACCAUGAAGACAGAGGAUGUGCCGUCAUCCUGCCGAGAACACUCUCCAUUCCUUGGCCUUGGUCACAAAAUGAAUGAAGUCUGUGCUGGCUGUGGCAACACCAUAUCAGAUCGGUUCCUGCUAAGAGUGAAUGACAGAUCGUGGCACGAAUGUUGCGUAAAGUGUGCUGCUUGCCUACAGAUACUCUCUGGGACCUGCUACUACAGGAACCGCCAGCUAUACUGUAAGGAGGACUAUGAGAAGCUUUUUGCUACAAAAUGUAACAGCUGUCUAAAAACAGUCCUGCCCUCUGAGCUUAUCAUGCGUGUCCUCAGCAACGUGUACCAUGUAUCCUGCUUCUCCUGCUGCGAGUGUGAGAGGAGACUGGAGCGGGGAGACGAGUUUGUGCUGAAAGAGGGGCAGUUGCUGUGCCGCAGUGACUAUGAGAGGGAAAAGGAAAUGCUCAGUGCUUUUAGCCUGACACCGUCUGGAUCAGUUAAGAGUGAAGAUGAGGACGGAGGUUCCCUUCAGGGUAAAGGAAGCGAUGAAGCAAAAGAUUCUAAAAGAUCCAAGCGGCCGAGGACCAUAUUAACAACUCAGCAGCGUCGAGCCUUUAAAGCGUCAUUUGAAGUGUCAUCCAAACCAUGCCGAAAGGUGAGGGAGACACUGGCAGCAGAAACCGGUCUGACUGUGCGAGUUGUCCAAGUCUGGUUUCAGAACCAAAGAGCCAAGAUGAAGAAGAUAGCAAGGAGGCAGCAACAGCAGGACCACGAGCAGCUGGGAGCACAACGUCUGGGAUCUAGUCGUGGAAUCCUGGGAAGCAGUCGGCAGAGCAAUGAUGACAGUGAAGAUGGGGGCAGCGGAAUAGAAGGUGUACUGGUGCCUUACUCCAGGAUACCACAUCAGCAGAUGUUAUCGUUGGAUCAAAGUAACUACAGUUCAGAUCUCUUCAGACAAGGUCUCACUCCUCCUCAGAUGCCUGGGGACCAUUUACAUCCGUACGAUGCCGAGAGUGUUUUCCAUGACAUGGACAGUGAAAGCCUCAGUUAUCUUGGUGGAUCUCUCCUGUUGGCCUCUGAGACAGGCAACUUACAGUCCCGCGUGGGCCCCAUCGACCGCCUCUACUCCAUGCAGACCUCCUACUUUGCUUCCUGACACUUGUACCUCAUUCAAA